CCCACAGAGCAUCGCUCCCACUGGACCCAGAACCCUAACCUCCCUCUCCACCAUGGCCUCCUCCCUCCUCCGCUCCGGCCAGCGCCUCCUCCGCCACCACCGCGGCCGCCUCCCCGCGGCCUUCUCCACGGCGGCCGCCGAGGAGCUCAUCGACGUGCGCAAGCUGCCCACCGACUACGACCCCUCCACCUUCGACCCGACCGCGCCGCCGUCCCGCCCGCCGCCCUCCGACCGCGUCUGGCGCCUGGUCGACGACGUCUCCGCCCUCACCCUCGCAGAGGCCGCCGAGCUCUCCGCCCUCCUGCUCCGCCGCCUCGACAUCCCCUCCGCGCCGCCCAUCGCCAUCCUCAACUCCGCCGCGGGCCUCGGCGGCGGCGGCGCGGCGGCCGCCGGCGCGGCCGGCGACAAGCCGGCGGCCGCGGCCGAGAAGACGGUCUUCGAGCUGCGGCUCGACUCGUUCGACGCGGCGAGCAAGAUCAAGGUGAUCAAGGAGAUCCGGACAUUCACGGACCUCGGGCUCAAGGAGGCCAAGGAGCUGGUGGAGAAGGCCCCUGCCGUGAUCAAGGGAGGGUUGUCCAAGGAGGAGGCCGAGAAGAUCGUUGAGCGGAUGAAGGCCCUCGGCGCCAAGGUCGUCAUGGACUGAUCGGCCCCUGCAUUUCGAGGCACUGCUGAAUGUAUGAACCAUAUGACCACCAUGGUUGAUUGCUGCGAGCAUUGUGGGACUGUCAGUGCCAAUUGAAUCUUUUCAGGCUCAAAGGUCACAAUGCUGGAUUCUCUUAGUUGCCUUCACUCUUAUUUUGUUGAUGAAUUUUCUGUCCCUAACACGAAAUGUGGAAUAAAAUAUUUUGAAAAAUCAGAUAAGAAACAUGUGCUGACAUGCAUUUGGUUUCUUGUUAGAAGUACUAUGGUGCACUGCCCUUCCUUGGCUC